AUGGAUCGGCACCGGACACGCCUGCAGCAUCCGACGCUGGGCUCCUCCGCCGGGGCCCCCUACCCGUCCUCCGCUUCGCUCCGCAGCUGCCGAGAGACCAAGAUGCCGCGCAGGAAGGGCCUCCAGUACCCUCCGCCGUCCAGCGGUUCGGAGGUGCCUGGAGAGAAACGUCCCAAAUUUCAUUUAAAUAUUAGGACAUUGACAGAUGAUGUGCUGGACAGAUUUGCCAGCAUAAAAAUUCCAGGAAGCAAGAAAGAAAGGCCACCGCUUUCCAACCUGAAGGCUGCAUUUGCAAGCAGUGACUGCUCCUCAGAGAUGAUGGAAAACCUUCCGAAGCCACUAUCAGAGGCCGAACUCUUAGAUCUUUUUGAAAAGAUGAUGGAAGAUAUGAAUUUAAAUGAAGAGAAGAAGGCACCAUUGCGGGAAAAGGACUUCAGUAUCAAAAAAGAAAUGGUGAUGCAGUACAUCAAUACUGCUUCCAAGGCAGGAAGUCUUAAGAGAAAUCGGCAGAUCUCACCUCAGGAAUUCAUUCAUGAACUGAAAAUGGGGUCUGCAGAUGAGAGACUUGUCACGUGCCUGGAGUCACUUCGCGUGUCUUUGACUAGCAAUCCUGUGAGUUGGGUACAAAGUUUCGGACAUGAGGGGCUCGGAUUAUUACUGGACAUUUUGGAAAAACUGAUUAGUAGCAAAAUACAAGAAAAAAUUGUAAAGAAGAAUCAGCACAAAGUCAUACAGUGUCUAAAGGCUUUGAUGAAUACCCAGUAUGGCUUGGAAAGAAUUAUGAGUGAAGAGCGAAGUCUUUCGUUAUUAGCCAGAGCUGUCGAUCCUGAGCACCCCAGCAUGAUGGCAGAUGUGGCCAAACUCCUCUCUGCGGUGUGCAUUGUAGGGGAGGAAAGCACCCUUGAAGAAGUUUUAGAAGCUUUAACAUCAGCUGGAGAAGAAAGAAGAAUUGACAGAUUUUCUUCUAUUGUGAAAGGUCUACAGCACAAUUCAGUUCAGCUGCAAGUAGCAUGUAUGCAGCUCAUCAAUGCCCUUAUUACAUCUCCUGAUGAUCUGGACUUCAGGCUUCACAUCAGAAAUGAAUUUAUGCGUUGUGGAUUGAAAGAGAUACUGCCAAAUUUAAAAUGCAUUAAGAAUGAUGGCCUGGAUAUCCAACUUAAAGUUUUUGAUGAGCAUAAGGAAGAAGACUUGAUUGAGUUGUCUCAUCGCCUGGAAGAUAUUAGAGCUGAACUUGAUGAUGCAUAUGAUGUUUACAACAUGGUGUGGAGCACAGUUAAGGAAACUAGAGCAGAGAAAUACUUUAUUUCUAUUCUUCAGCAUCUUUUACUGAUUCGAAAUGAUGGUUUUAUAAGGCAACAGUACUUCAAAUUAAUUGAUGAGUGUAUAUCUCAGAUUGUAUUGCAUAGAGAUGGGAUGGAUCCAGACUUCACAUAUCGAAAAAGACUAGAUUUAGAUUUAAGCCAAUUUGUUGAUAUUUGUAUAGAUCAAGUGAAAGUAGAAGAGUCUGAAGAGAAAGCAUCAGAAUUUUACAAGAAAUUUGAAAAAGAGUUUGCCGACCAUCAAGAAACACAGGCUCAAUUGCAGAAAAAAGAGGCAAAGAUUAAUGAGCUUCAAGCAGAGUUACAAGCUUUUAAAUCUCAGUUUGGUGCCUUGCCAGCUGAUAUAUAUACCUCUUUGCCGCUGUCAAAAGAAAAUGAAACUGGGCACCCAGCACCUCCUCCGCCUGUGGCACCCCCUGCUCCGCCCCCUCCGCCUCCUCCGCCCCCUCCACCCCCUCCACUACCAGGAAUGCCGUUGCCACUCGGUGGUCCUGUGCCUCCACCACCUCCCCUGGGACUUCUGGGUGGUGGAAACUCCCUUCCACCUACCCUGCCAUUUGGGUUAAAACCAAAGAAAGAAUUUAAACCUGAACUCAGUAUGAGAAGAUUUAACUGGCUAAAGAUCAGACCUCAAGAAAUGACUGAAAACUGUUUCUGGAUAAAAGCAAAUGAAAACAAGUAUGAAAAUGUGGAUUUGCUUUGUAAACUUGAGAAUACAUUUUGUUGCCAACAAAAAGAGAGAAGAGAAGAGGAAGAUUGUGAAGAGAAGAAAGCUCUUAAAAAAAAAAUUAAAGAACUUAAAUUUCUAGAUUCUAAAGUUGCCCAAAACCUUUCAAUCUUCCUGAGCUCUUUUCGGGUGCCAUAUGAGGAAAUCAGAAUGAUGAUAUUGGAAGUGGAUGAAACACAGUUGGUGGAGUCUAUGAUUCAGAACUUAAUAAAGCAUCUUCCUGAUCAAGAACAAUUAAAUUCAUUAUCUCAGUUCAAGAGUGACUAUAACAACUUAAGUGAACCCGAGCAGUUUGCUGUUGUGAUGAGCAAUGUGAAGAGACUGCGGCCACGGCUCAGUGCUAUUCUCUUUAAGCUUCAGUUUGAAGAGCAGGUGAAUAACAUCAAACCUGACAUCAUGGCUGUCAGCACCGCCUGCGAAGAGAUAAAGAAGAGCAAAAGCUUUAGCAAGUUGCUGGAACUUGUAUUGCUAAUGGGAAACUACAUGAACGCCGGCUCCCGGAAUGCUCAAACCUUUGGAUUUAACCUUAGCUCGCUCUGUAAACUAAAGGACACAAAAUCAGCAGAUCAGAAAACAACACUACUUCAUUUUCUGGUGGAAAUAUGUGAAGAAAAGUACCCUGAUAUUCUGAAUUUUGUGGAUGAUUUGGAACAUUUGGACAAAGCAAGCAAAGUCUCUGUAGAAAUGCUGGAAAAGAAUUUGAAGCAGAUGGGAAGGCAGCUUCAACAGCUUGAGAGAGAUUUGGAAACCUUUCCCCCUCCUGAGGACUUGCAUGAUAAGUUUGUGACAAAGAUGUCCAGCUUUGUUAUCAGUGCAAAGGAACAAUAUGAGAAACUUUCAGAGUUACAUGAAAACAUGGAAGAGCUAUACCAGAGUAUAAUGGAGUACUAUGCCAUUGACGUAAAGAAGGUGUCUGUGGAAGACGUUUUGACUGACUUAAGUAACUUCCGAACUGCAUUCAUGCAAGCAGUAAAGGAAAAUGUCAAAAAACGAGAAGCAGAGGAAAAACAGAAACGUGCCAGAAUUGCCCAAGAACUGGCAGAAAAAGAAAGACUUGAACGUCAACAAAAGAAAAAACGCUUAUUAGAAAUGAAGACUGAGGGUGAUGAGACAGGAGUGAUGGAUAGUCUGCUGGAGGCCUUGCAGUCAGGGGCUGCCUUCCGGGACCGAAGAAAAAGGACACCGAAGUCAAAAGAUAUUCGGCAGAGUCUCAGUCCAAUGUCCCAGAGGCCUGUUCUGAAAGUUUGUAACCAUGAAAAUCAGAAAGUGCAGUUGACAGAAGGGUCACGUUCGCACUGCAAUAUCAAUUGCAACUCAACAAGGAUUCCGGUCACCAAGGAGCUUAAUUAUAAUCUAGACACUCACACGUCUGCAGGGAGGAUCAAGGCAGUUGAGAAGAAGGAAGCCUGCAAUGCAGAAAGCAACAGAGAAAAGGAAAUGGAACUUCUUGGCUCUGUUUCUAAAAACGAAUCCAUUCCUGAAGUUGAAGCCCUGCUGGCAAGAUUACGAGCUUUAUAA